CAGCAACAUGUCGUAGUGGAUGCGCGUUCUUUGCGCAGCAACAACUCCCGCGAACACUCCCGAGCUGGACGAGUCCACUUUCACAGACGAAUAGAGCCAAGUCAUGAGUGCAGAAGACCCAAACCCAGCCGCCACACCCACUCCCUGUGAAGACACCCAGGGAGAUGGACGAUGGAUGUCUCUGCACAACCGCUUCGUGUCCGACAGCAAAGACAAAGAACCUGAUGUCUUGUUUGUUGGAGACUCUCUUGUACAGCUCAUGCACCAGUUUGGGAUAUGGCGGCAGCUGUUCUCCCCUCUCCAUGCCCUCAAUUUUGGGAUCGGUGGUGAUGCAACACAACAUGUGCUGUGGAGACUGAGCAACGGCGAGCUGGAUAACAUCAGCCCAAAGGUUGUGGUGCUGUGGGUAGGAACUAACAAUCAUGGUCAGACUGCUGAACAGAUCUGUGAAGGCAUCAUGGCUAUUGUCCAAGUCAUCAAGAACAAGCUCCCACACGCCCGGACACUUGUGCUUGGUAUAUUGCCCAGAGGUAAAUCGCCAAAUCCUCUGCGGGAGCGAAAUGCCAAGGUGAACAUGCUGGUCCAGGAGGCUGUAUCGUCACUCCCCCACGCCUCUUUCUUCAACGUGGACCCAGGCUUCGUCCAUUCCAAUGGUAGCAUCUCCCAUCAGGACAUGUACGAUUACCUUCACCUGACCCCUCAGGGCUACCAGGUUGUGUGCGAACCCCUGCACGCCCAUCUCAAGUCCAUGCUAGAAAAGCCUGCAGAGAACUGAGCAACAAGGGCUCAAAAUCACACUACCACAGUGGUCCUCAUCCCUGUCCACAGAGAACAUCACAAUCAGCCUAUAAACACCUUGUAUGAUGGAUCAAAUCAAUCACUUGGGGCUAAGAGCUGCAAAAAGUAUUUGUGUUAGUCCUCUUCAUGGCCAGGGUUGAUGACCACUGUUACAGAUAAUGGGACCAUAAAGCUUAUUUUUGUGUUUAUGAUGCAGUCAGAAAUUAAAUGUGCUGUGCUAUUUAGAGACAAAGUCUUGCCUCAAUUCCCGGUUAUCAUCUGUUCCACUAGCUUUGGGUUUUCAAAGUGUUUUUCCAAUGAAGGGUUAUUCCAGUCUUCUGCUGAUGAAUAUGAGAAGGGGAACUCCCUGGCUGUCACCCUUUGGGCUCAGACGCAGACAGUGAAAUGUCAACUGAAGGGAUGACACUGGAUGUGAACAGUUAUACAGCUUCCGUAGGUCAAAAUUCAAGUUGCUGCUCAUGAUUAAAAACUGUAUUUAUAUCUCAUUUGACUAUAAAAGCCCAAUUUACCUCAAAAUAUAGACAUAUAUCUGCUUUUCAAGAGAAAAAACUUCCAUGACAAAGAACAUUGUCUGCCUGAGGCUACUGGAACAGGAACUAGUUGGAAAAGGUUGUGAGGCUUUGACUCUUUAGGUGCCAGGAUAUGUCUGGCAAAAAAAUAUGAGAUACAAGAACUGCCCUUACCAGGAAAUUGCUGUCAUUCGUCAUUUUGGUUUCACUAAGUUACAUUUAUUUGAAAAUAGCUUUAUUUACUCUUGUGAUGUCUGGUGUUUUUUGUAUAUGUUAAAUUGUAUGACCAAAUGUUUUUGAUUGACCAUUGCUGUUUACUUGCCUUUUAUCAUGUCACAUGUCUCAUUAUUGUCCUUGUACCUUUUGCUUCACGUAUAAUAACAGCAACAGAUUUUGACGCGAGAGGCUUUGUUGCAAACAUAGAUGUAUUUGAGUAGCUUGUGAAGUUGUAUAGAUAUAUCUAACGUUGCUUGUGCUUCAAGUUUAAUCUCAUCUGCAACGUAAUGGCCAAUCAGACCAUUUCAAAAGGCUUGACUUCACACUAAAAUGCUUCUGAGCCUCUUAUAGAAGGAAUGUGCUACAAACUUGAAUUAUGCUUCGGGAUGGCUGAUUGUGUAAGAGAUGGAAGAAUGCAUUAAAUAUGAAAAAAGUG